CUUUAAAAAGUAUCUUAACACCAUCUGUGAAAAAUGAUCAUGGAAUCCAAAGAUGACUGGUUUGAAAUUAAAGGUGCAGGUUUGUAGGACCUGCCACAAGGGGGCGCACUAUCAAAACAAUAACAAUCUCGUGGUUUGGCGCUAAGCAGUGUGGAAUGAUGGGAUUUGUUGUCUUCAGUCCAACCGCUGACGGUCGUCAAUCAGACGUAAAGAUAAAUCAUGGAUUUUACGGGAGUUCAACAGUUUGCGCGAAUUUGUUUUCAUACAAAGUCAAUGCAAAGACGCGAUCAGACUAUGGAUCAGACGUGUCCUCGCGCGGGUCUAGAGACGCGAUGCCCCGCGUUUGGCUUGUGUGCCCCAUAAUACUAAUCUUGUUAAUCGUUAUAAUAGAAUACGUUUUCUGUAAAGUUACGAAGCAAAUAAACUCACCUGCUGAGUAAAACACAAGCGAGAUCGCUUUCUAGUUGAAGUUUGUCACGAAGCUACUUCCGCAUUUGUCCACGAAACUGUUAUCAUGUGGUUUCUACGUCAGUUAAGGCGGUAACAAAGGGUCACUGACGUCAUUGAAAGGUGACUGCGCAGCACUGCCCCGUGUCACAGUUUAGAAUGGGAAUUUUCUCAUGAUUUACAAAUAGUUGUAAACAUUAGAGAUAUUGUUAGUAAUCAGCUGGACAAAAUAUAUAACACUAGCCUAGUGGUUUUUGGCUAUUUUACUGCAAAUAUCUUACAAAUUGUACCUUUAAGGAGGCAAGGCAAUUUUUGUUCUGGGAUUGUAAAACGUGUUACUUUUACACCACAUGUUUAAUGAAAUUGUAAAAAAACAAAACCAUGAGCAUAAAUUUUUUUCAAAGCUUAAUUGGGUUGGUGUUUCCCAUUUACCUUUUGUAAGUGCAUGCCUCACAUAGCAUUAUGUCCUGAAAAAUCUUAAUAGUAGUGGUGUGGGUUAUAUUCAUGUCCCUCCCACCCUAGUCGUGCUAAUGUAAGUGACUGAAUAAAAAACCUCCUGUGAGUGUGGUUUGAUCAGAGAUAGACCUCACUGUCCACAGACAUGAUGCUGGAGCAGGUUGUGCUGUUAGCAGCCGUCACAGUGCUGGGACUGCUGGAGCAAGCGUACUUCUGUCUGAAGGUGAUCCAGGCGAGGAGGAAGCACUCGGUCUCCCCGCCUGCCACCUCCGGACCUCCGGCGUUUGAGAGGAUCUUUCGAGCCCAAGCAAACUCUUCUGAAUAUUUCCCCAUAUUCGUCUUCUCGCUUUGGCUGGCUGGAGUUUUCUUCAGUCAAGCACUGGCCGUGUUGUUCGGGCUGCUGUAUCUUUAUGGACGGUAUCUGUACUUCCACGGCUAUGCAGAGUCUGCUCAGGGCAGACUGGAGCCGCUGUACUUCAGUGCAAAGAUGCUGUGGGUGCUGAUCGCUCUGGCCGGGCUGGGGGUCAUCUGCACCCUCACACAGGCCUAUCUGGGACUGGACCUGCUGCACUCCUUCAGUCAUGUUCUGGGCCUGACCGAACACUCAUGAAAGCUCAAGCGCUGGAGGUCUGCAGGAGGCUGCUUCAGAGGACCUAAAAACACUUGACAACAAAAACGGUUUUUUUUUCUCCUCUAAAGAAAGAAGGUAUUCAUUUUGUCCAUCAAAUGGAAACAUCUACAAUGUACUCGUGCAAAACAAUCAGUUAUUCAAAUGGUUGCUUCUAGAAACAUUACUGUUAGUUUUCCAAAUGUAAAAAAAAAACGUAAUAUUAUUGCGUUUAUUUUUAAAUUAGAAGCUUUUAAUUGAUUUUUGUAUUAGUUAAGGCAUUGCACAUACGCAUAUCCCAGGAGAAUUAUGUCUUGGUUGCCAAUAUUGUUUUCCUCAAAGAAUGCAUUAGAGGCUUUUGAUAGCAUUGAUAACGAAUUUGUUUAUGCAUCAUAAAUACAAUGAAACAAUUAAAAUUUCCCUUUUUGAAUUAUUUCACAAAAAUAACAACUUGACUGUCAGUGAUGCACAAUAAAAAAAAUAUAUACUCCCAAGUGAUAUUUACUGUGGCGUUUAUUCAUUUUGAGUAUGUUUGCUUCAUACAUCACUUCUCAUGUUUUUCACUGACGGUGUUGCUCCAUUGGUAAACCAGUACAUUAACUUUAGAAAUUUCUUCUGUGGAAAUGACAACACUUCUAUUUUCUCUUUUAUAGUCCUAUAUUUUCUGUUAACUGGUAAUGUGUAAAUGCAUGCAUUUCUAAUCUAUACACAUUUAUGGAAAUCAAAGACUAGACUGAUGUUUGACAGACUUCCCAUAAAAAAUGUCUCGUCCUAAAAUGUUUGAUUGAAUUAAAUCUGUGUAUAGUGUUUUGUAUAUUCGGCCACAAGGAGGCGCUACGACUUUGUACGUCAGUGUCAGUCUCUCUUUCUCUCUCCAUCUUUUUCCUACAUUUCCAGUUGUUCUUCUCUGUCGAAUAUGUCAUAUUUUAUUAAACAAAUUUUUAUUUUUCCAGGAUAUUUAUUUUGACCAAGAGCUGUAAUAGUAAGAAUUGUUUUAAGGGUUAAGUUAACCGAAUGUAUGCAAGAUAUGAAAGGCCAGAUAAUCAGUCAUUUCCAUCUGUUACAUUCUGACAAAACAGAGAUAAUGUUAUCUGGACAAAAACCUGUAAACACAAGUUCUCAAAAUAUAAUUUGCAUCAAGACAGUAGUGUUACUUCCUCCUGUGGGUGUGUGUGUUUUUUUUUUUAAGACAGCUACUUAUCUUUUGAAAACCACAUGUUUGUUACAUGUUUGCACGUAACCAGAACAGCCUUCUUCCAUCUUCGAUACAUCACACUAUUAUCACAGUAUUAUUAUCUCUGGGCUUGGUCUUAUCAGUGACAGGAUGCAGACAGCUAAAGGUGUCAUGUCUGCACCUCGGUGACACUGAAAGAUCCACCGCUUCACCGGCCCAGUGUCACCAAAGUGAGCGAACACCUACAUGAAAUGAACCCCAAUGUUCUUAUAUUAAUAAACUACGUCAUCUGUAAUUCAUCUGAAACAAAUCACUGAACAUACUGCAGUGCUGGACACUUAACCAUUUUAAUGGGUAGAUUUCACAAAUAAUUGCAAAGAACUAGCAAGUAAACAAUGACUUUAUUAUUUAAAAACUAAUCCAAUAAUCUUGUAUGUACACUCAUGUUUUACAGUGUGGUGUACAGUGUGUGAGAAGCAGCAGGGCCCAGAGGAGCCCUCUCUCUCACUUGAACACACAGGUGCAGGUUCUCCAGCCUCACACUGAUCCAGCUUGACCUGGACGCUCGGAGAGGAAGCUGUGUCUCUGGCCAACAGGAAAAAAAUCAGAUGGGAUUUUUGCUGCUUCCUGUUGCAGGAAACACAUUCAAGGAUGCAGAGGGAUGUGUGUGUGUGUGUGUCUGUGAAAUAUGUAUUAAAACACAGACAGAGUGAAAAGUUGAACACAAAUAUUAGUUUCUCUAGAGAAGUGUUCAAGUAUAUGUGUAUGCAUUUAUUAGCAUAUUUAUGUAUCAGUUACACUUUAUAUUAAGGUUCUCUUUGUAAAGUGUUUAUGAAGUUAAUUAAUGAAUUACUUGCCUUAAAUGCAUU